UUUCCUCAAACGUCAGAUAAAGCUUCACUUAAGAACAGGAUAUUUGGCAACUGUAAAAAGUCUUGGGAGAGACAAAGGAGAGACCAUGCUGGCAAACAAGCAGGCCAAAUUGUUUAUACUCAGUGCAGUUGUGGCAGCUAUUUAUGCCUUGACAGUGGAAACACCUCAGAAGAAACUGGAAGUAAAUAAAGGAAAUAAUGCCACCCUACAAUGCCACUUCCAAACCCCUGUUCCUAAUCGAGAGAUAGGAGACUUGGCAGCCUGGAGGAAACUACCUAAAAGGGAAGAAUUUUUUAGCAUGAGACUUGAUAAUGGCAAAGAAUUUAUAAAUGUUGCAUACCAAGGCCGCUUGAGCGUCUCUGGAAAUGUAAACAAUGGCGAUGUCAGCAUCACUAUCAAUCAGGUGACCAUGGAUGACAAUGGGACCUAUGAAUGUUCAGUCCGUCUUUUGGAGUAUCCCCCCAUGGAAUUAGCAAAUAUGGAUCUUUUGGUCCUUGUGCCUCCAUCCAAGCCAGAAUGCAAAAUUAUAGGGAAAUUGGAAUAUGGGCAAAAUGUUAACCUGACCUGCAAUUCUAUCGAAGGAUCCCCUGCACCUAAAUAUUCCUGGCAAAGUUAUGACACACAAAACCACCCCCGGCAACUUGUGGGAACACAAAUAGCAGGAGGAGUGCUUCUGCUGAAGAACAUCUCUAUAGACACCACCGGCUACUACAUCUGCCUUUCCGAAAACUCUGCUGGGCAGGAGAAAUGCAAUAUGAGUGUUGCAGUUAAGCCUCCAUCCAUGAACUUUGCCCUCUAUGGUGGAAUCAUUGGAGGGUGUGUUGCUUUCAUCAUUAUUAUCGGUAUUGUGGCUUAUUGCUGUUGCUGCAGGAAUUCAAAGGAUAAAGAGUAUGAGCAAACAGAGACAGAAAAUAACUACCAACCACCACAUGAACCUGUACGAAUCCGGGGACCAACUGAAGAAGAGGUUCCGGAAGAAGAGGAUGAGCACAAUGGUGGGAACUACAGUCCACAAAUGCAACCAGCACGCAGACCACCUGCCACGUUGUCAAAUGCUGCCGUUUAG